AUGUCGACAACUACCAAAGCCUUAUCGCUUCUUCUUGUUCUUGUUCUUCUACUCUUCGUGUCCCUUGCUCACGCCACGACGGAUCCAUGUCCCAUCAACUCCAUCUACCAAUUCGGAGACUCCAUAGCCGACACCGGAAACCUAAUCCGCAACGGUCCCGUCGGAGCCAGAUCCCACGCCGCCAGUUUCCCAUACGGUCAAACAUACUUCCACCGAGCCACGGGUCGUUGCUCCAACGGUCAGCCCAUGAUCGAUUACUUGGCACGCAGGCUUCGUCUCCCACUCCUAAACCCUUACCUCCUCAAGGGCAACACAAACCCUUCUUCUUUCAAGAACGGCGUUAACUUCGCCGUCGCCGGAAGCACAGCACUCAACAGCUCCUUCUUCGCCGCGAGGAACCUCCACGUUCCGGCAACAAACACCCCUCUCUCCACUCAGCUCGCUUGGUUCAAGUCUCAUCUACGUUCCACGUGUCACGGCUCUUCUUCUUCGGAUUGCUUGAAGCAAUCUCUUUUCAUGGUCGGUGAGAUCGGAGGCAACGACUACAACUACGGUUUCUUCCAAGGAAAAUCCAUGGAAGAAAUCAGAAGCUACAUCCCUCACGUGGUUGGAGCCAUCGCAGCCGCGGCUAGAGACGUGAUCCGAGCCGGUGCGGUUAACGUGGUCAUCCCGGGAAACUUUCCGGUUGGAUGUUUUCCGAUUUACUUGACGUCUUUUCCCGUGAAGGAUCCAAAAGCAUACGACGACAAAGGUUGCUUGAAGCAUCUCAACGAGUUCGCAAUGGAUCACAACAACCAACUCCAAGAGGCUAUAGCUUCUUUAAAGAAAGAGUUUCCGGAUGUGGUUAUAGUCUACGGAGAUUACUACAAGGCGUUUCAGUCCGUUCUACGAAGCAGCAAAUCUGCGGGAUUCGACAAGAGUGUAGCCUUGAAAUCUUGCUGUGGGAUCGGAGGAGCUUACAACUACGACGGAAAGAGACAGUGCGGAGCAGCGGGAGUGCCGGUGUGUCAGAAUCCGGACAAGUUCAUAAGUUGGGACGGAGUGCACUUGACACAGAAGGCUUAUCGAUUCAUGUCUAAGUUCUUGAACAACAUCAUUCUUUCACAGAUCAAGUGUCUUAGCUAG